AUGGAGAAGAAUACUUCUUCAGCUUCGACUGAAAAUGAAGAGGUAUUAGUAAUAUGUAUAAUUGUAGAAUAUAUUUUUAAAUUUAAACAGGCUAUUAAUUAUGUAGAAGAAAACAAUCCUAGCUUAAUCAUCGCUUCACGUCCUAUAGAAAACAAUCCACGUUUAUAUUUGGACAGGCUUCCAAAAGGAGCCAGAAACUUGGAUGAAAGCUCGUCUUCGAACAUCAGCGCCGCAAAUCCAAACUUCGACACAUCCUCAGAGGAGAUUAGUCAACCUCUGGAUUUAAAUUUAGGGAGUUCUUCUAAGCCUCCUUUGGAUAAGAUGAAAAGUUUGCCAACAUAUGAGGAAAACAUGGAUAGUGACUUGAUUUUUAAAAAUAGAUCUUUCCGAGAAAUUAAUAAAAAGAAAAGCUUGGAUGUAUCAGAGCUAACUGGAUCGCCAUUAUUAUCGGAAUAUAGUAAAAAAGAGAAUGUAGCUGAACCAACAACAGAGGAAAUUCCUAAGAUUGGGUCUAAAAAUAAAGGGAAUGUUGAGCAAACUAUAAGCAAACCAUUAGCUCAUGAAAUUCCUACGCACGAGAUAAAAAAUAAUGAUAAAAAUAAAAAGCAUGUGAACGAAUCAAGUAGCAGUAAUUCAACUGUUAGAAAUCAAAUAGAUCGUUUUGAGAACCUUUUUCAUCGAGGUUUGUUUGUGCCUUUUUUAAAUCAUUUUUUAUUAAAAGCUGAGAGAAAUGAAAGCUCUGAUGAAAGUGAUCAGGAGACUAAUAUAAAUGCUAAUGGAUGGAUUACUCGAGCAAAUAAUGGGAAUCAACUAAUGACUAGAGAAACCCGUCCGUUAGUUUUGCCACCCAGAAUGCAUGCGGAACAAAUACUAAAGAGAAACGGUGGAAGUAGUAGCAAUGGUCCAAAUAAUGGAGAGAGUGUUUUAUCUCCAAAGGUUUAUUUUAACAUGUACAUACGGAUAUUAGACUUAAACAUUUUAAGUUACAGUCAAAGAGAACCAACUUUCCUAAAAAGAAGCAGCCAAAUGAGGAUUGAAUUUUUUGGAUCAUGGAUGUGA